GAGAAAGGGGAGGGAAUCACCGAUGCUCCUAUUCUAAAAUGAGUAGCUGCUGCGUAUGAGAGGCCGGCAACAAAAGCGAGGCAGGCGCGUUUUGUUUUUCUUCGUUUCAUUAUAGUGGAGAAGAGAACAGAAGGGCGUUCUGAGCGGGCUGCAUCAGUGUGUCUCUUGCGCAUGAUCAGCCUUCUACACAUCCCUUCUGGCCGGAGUGAACCCACAUCUCAGCAUCUCUCCGCCAGCAGAGAGAAAUAAAUAAAACGCUCGCUCUCCUCCGCUAAUUGAGGCACUGAUAAGCCACUUAUAAUUUCCUCCUGGUGUGGUGCAGAUCUGGUUCUGAUCCUGUUUGGUCCAGUUCUGAUCAGAGUGUGAGAAUGGGGCUUUUGCUGUUUCUGUUGAGCCUCAGCUCCUUAGCUCUGAGCUACGCUGUCGGCGGGGACGUGUGCAUAACGGGUCAUGACAGUGGACCAGUGUUUGAAGAGCAGCCUAGCGGUGUGGUCUACCCAGAGGGACUCAGUGAGGGCAAAGUCACUCUCAACUGCCAGGCUAGAGCCAGUCCUGCUGCUACGUACAGCUGGCGCGUCAAUGGUACAGACGUCCCUGUAGGUGACCCCCGGUACACACUGGUAGCCGGUAACCUGGUAAUCAGUGGUCCCCAGUUCGGCCGUGAUGGAGGCUCCUACCAGUGUCUGGCCAUCAACCGCUGUGGCACCGUACUCAGCCGGGCCGCCAACCUCAAAUUCGGUUACCUCCAUGACUUCCCUGGGGAAGGGAGGAGCCCACAGACGGCUUAUGAGGGAGCAGGUGCCUUCCUAGCCUGCCAGCCCCCCGCCCACUACCCAGCUCUUUCCUACCGCUGGUUCGUUAGCGAGUUUCCUAGCUUCAUGAAGCCUGACGGAGGUCGGUGGUUCGUUUCCCAGGUAACGGGCAACUUGUACCUGGCCAAGGCGGAGCCUAACGAUACAGCAAGUUACUUCUGCUUCACCACCAUCAACAUGGACAUUAGCACCAAGAGUACCUUCAGCAAGGCUAACCAGCUCACCGUGCAGCCAGAUGCCAACGCCAGGAAGUCAGCUCCUGCUAUCACAGUGGGUUUCCCAGCAGAGACGUACGCCCUGACAGGGCACACCACCCAGCUGGAAUGCUUCGCCUACGGAAAUCCUGUCCCAAAACUCCGUUGGAGGAAGGUGGAUGGUCUGUUGCCGUCUAAGGCCGGGGCUAGUGCAGAGGGACCCAUCCUCACACUGCCUGAGAUGACUUUCCAUGAAGAGGGGGUGUAUGAGUGUGAGGCCUACAACUCUGAGGGCCGUGACACACAACAAGGACGCAUCACCGUGCAAGCACAGCCAGAGUGGCUGCAAGUGAUGAGUGACUCUGAGGUGGAGAUCAGCUCUGAGCUGCACUGGACUUGUGUUGCAGCAGGCAAACCAAGACCCUCCAUACGCUGGCUACGCAAUGGACAGCCCCUCAGCACACAGGACCGGGUGGAGGUCAAUGGGGGUCGUCUGAAGGUCAUCAACCUGGCCCUUGAGGAUUCUGGGAUGUAUCAGUGUGUGGCUGAGAACAAACACGGCACCAUUUACUCCAACGCAGAGCUGAGGGUGCAAGUCCAAGUCCCAGACUUCCGCUCCAACCCGGUGAGGAGGCUUGUUCCAGCAGCCCGAGGGGGGCAGGUGAUGAUGGAGUGUCGACCGCGAGCCGCCCCCAAACCCACCCUGUUCUGGAGCCGCGGUACUGAGCUCCUUACCAACAGCAGCAGGGUGACAGUGACUCCAGACGGGAUGCUGCGGAUCCACAACAUCAGCAGGGCCGAUGAGGGGAAGUAUACCUGCUUUGCUGAGAACUACCUGGGCAAGGCCAACAGCACUGGACACCUGUCUGUUAGAGAUGCUACUAAGAUCACCUUGGCUCCCUCUAAUGCUGACAUCAACCAGGGGGAGAACGUCACGCUGCAGUGUCAUGCUUCACAUGACCCCACCAUGGACCUCACCUUCACCUGGGCUCUCAACGGAGCUCUGCUGGACCUGGAGGACCCCGGCGGACCGUACCAUCGCGUGGAGGGGAAGGAGACCGUAGGUGACCUGUUGAUAGUAAGUGGUCAUCUGAGUCAGGCAGGUACAUACAGCUGUACAGCUCAGACUGUGGUGGACAGCGCCUCAGCCUCCGCUAAACUGGUGGUCAGAGGUCCCCCGGGACCUCCAGGUGGUUUGGUGGUGAAGAACGUUGCCGCGACGUCGGUGGAGUUGCGUUGGAGUCGUGGCUAUGACAACCACAGCCCCAUUGGGAAGUAUGUUAUCAUGGGUCACUCUCCACUGUCUCCUGAUUGGAAGAGGAUGAGGACAGACCCACCUAACAUUGAAGGCAAUGCUGAGUCGAUUCGUGUGGUUGGCCUGUUGCCAUGGAUGGACUAUGAAUUCCAGGUCAUUGCCAGUAACAUCCUGGGCAGUGGAGAGCCUAGUAUGUCCUCUCACACUAUACGCACCCAGCAAGCAGCUCCCACAGUGGCCCCUAGUGGACUAGGUGGAGGAGGAGGAGACCGCAACGAACUCAUCAUCACCUGGACGCCCAUGGCCAGAGAGUACCAGAACGGAGAUGGCUUCGGCUACAUCCUGGCAUUCCGGAAGCAGAACUCUCCAACGUGGGUGGUGGAGCGUGUUUCCAACGUGGAGUCGUCUCGCUACGUUUAUUCCAACCAGAGCCUGUCUCCCUAUUGCCUCUUUGAGGUGAAGAUCAAAGCCUACAACCGUAAAGGAGAGGGUCCCUUCAGCCAGAUCGCCGUGGUGCACUCUGCAGAAGAGGAGCCCACGGUGGCGCCCUCGAGGAUCAAUGCCACGGCUCUGACAGCAUUCGAGAUGCAGGUGUUGUGGGACCCCAUCCAACAUCUCAGCACCAACGGUAUCCUCCAAGGAUAUGAGAUCCGGUACUGGCGUCAGCAUGAGCGGGAGGCAUCUGCAGACCGUGUGCGAACAGCUGGGCUUGAGACCACAGCUCGCGUGGUGGGAUUGAGACCCAGCACCCGGUACCAUGUUACCGUAAUGGCCUACAACAGCGCUGGCACAGGACCAGCCUCACCCAGAACCACUGUUACUACCAAGAGACCACCUCCUAAUCGUCCCCCUGGAAACGUGUCCUGGAAGACUGAUGGCUCAUGGGUAACUGUUAGGUGGGAUCAUGUCAAGACCCUAGACAAUGAAUCAGCCGUACUGGGUUACAAGGUCCUGUACAAGCAUGAGGGCCAGUCUGCUCUGAAGGUUCUGGACAAGGGGAAGACGUCUGUGACCCUGCCCCUACCCAAAGACAAUGGCUACGUGGUCCUGGAGAUACGCUCUUGGGGGGAAGGGGGCGACGGAGCCGCACAAGAGACCAUCGUCUCCCGAGACUCAGGAACUGGAAUGAUGGUGCAGAACCAGGCGGGAUCCCCAUGGUCCAAUCAUGCUCCUCUCCUGCUCACCGCCACACUCUCCAUCACUCUCAUUGGCUUACUGGACCUGUGAUCUACAACAAUCCCUGGACAUUAUGUUUCAUGGUCUAAGCCGAUUGGUCAAAUUCACCUAUCUGGAGUUUAGUUGGGGUGGGGUUAAGGGAUGAAUUUGAAUAGAUGGGGAGGGAUGUGUGGGGUAAUAUUUUGAAGCAAGGGGGAUUGUGGGAGUUGUCAAAAUUACUAAUGGUUAUUUUAUUCUUUUUAUAAGAAAAUCAGAGGGUCAUUUUUUUAUGUGUGGGUCUGUGGGGUUUCAAGUGGGUCAAGACUACCUGAUUGUCAGUUACAUUGGUGUCGUUAGAACCAUGCCUUAUGGGGAUAAGAGAGGCCUUUGUGCUUCACAGCAAUAGGUCACUCUCUCCAUGUCUCCUGGCUUUCCCUACUCUGCUAUAAACCCAAGGCUCACUGGCGUAUGUCACCCAAAUCAGCCUGUGUAUGUAGAGCAUCAUGUGUACAUGCCAUUGAGAAUGAAUGAGGGACUCUAGUGCCCAAAAGCACGUUUUAUCAAGGGCUGCGCUAUUCAGGACUUUCACCAUUCUGAAGUUGUCAAAUGGGUGGGACAUCCUAUGGGUUAAGGAAGGAUCACAUAAUUCCAUCCAGGUCCUCAGGAGGGAUCAGCCAAUGAAUUAUACUUGUGAUCAAACAUUCCGUAACUGCAGGUGGCAGUAUGCACCCUUUCAUUUUUUUAACCAACUCAUAGAAGUAAUAGUAGAAGAAAAUGUACUACUUCAAAAUGGAGAUGGUCUCAAUGGCGCUGCCCGUGCGCUCACAGACGCCAUAAUGGGACAGGUAAAAUGAUGAGUCCUCUAUAAUUAUCUAUGGUACACACAUACAGAACAGUAGACAACAUCUCUGGUUCCCUCAGACACUGACCAACUCAAACGUUUGUAUCUAGAAUAAGACGAAGGGGGAUAAAACAGUGAUGUCAUGAUUUUUGAGAAAGUCUACUUCAAGUGGAACUCGCUGUAAAUAGAACGCUAACUUAGCCUACUGGUCUUUCUUAUGACACAGUCUCUGUUUAAAAUGGCCCCUUUUCUCUUUUGGAUUGUCUGCCUGGGUAUUUGUUUGGUUGCUUUAUUAUUUGUUUGCGAUGGCAGCAUCCGGAUGAAUAACUUUAAUGGUCCAAAUGAAUGUUUACCUUUUUUAUUGUUUAUGUUUAGAUGAGAGAACUCAACUUGAUAAAGAGCUUCAUCGGUCCUUUCAACAGCAAACAUACAAUGAAAGUGUGAUCACCAAAGUACAGAGUUAUCGUUAGUAUUAUCAUUAAUGACACCAUUAUUCUGUCACCCUUUAUCCAUGAACUCUUAUGUAACAUGUCCUGUUGUUCAUUAACUGUUAAUCAUGCAACACACCUGCCAUAAAUACUGUCUGUCUGAGAAGGGUUCACGGCAAGGAUACGGCAUCUAAGGAACAUACUGCAUAUGCUAGUUAAUCAUGAAGCCCCUGUGAUAUUGAUUUGGGUGUAAAGCAAAGAGAAUUCCCGCAAGCUGUUUAGAUGUUCCCGAUGUUUCCAGAGUUACAAAAGCAACAUGUCAACAUGUCACGCCCUGACCUUAAAGAUCCUUAUUUAUUCUCUAUGUUUGGUUAGGUCAGGGUGUGACUCGGGUGGGAAAAUCUAUGUUUUCUAUUUCUUUGUUGUAUUUGCCAUGUGUAGUUCCCAAUCAGAGGCAGCUGUCCAUCGUUGUCUCUGAUAUACUGUAUAAGUUGUGAUUUUCCGCUUGGGUUUUGUGGGGUGUUAUUUUCUAUUUAGUGUCUGUGCCUGACGGAACGGUUCGCUUUCGCUUUUGAAUUUGUUAUUUAUUUUUUUCUUCAAAAAUAAACAUCAUGAACACUUUCCACACUG